CACAUUUUUAUUUUUUGUUUCAGAAUUAUUAAAAGCAAAAAGACCCCGUGAAGAGGAUUUAAUAAAGUUUUUGGUAUCCGAAAGAGUUUUAAGAGAGAGAGAGGGGGGGUUGAGGGGAACAACUAGACUUUUAGAGAGAGAAAGAAGAAGAAGAUAAUUGUAGAGACCCCAAACAAGGAACAAGAUUUAUGGUAUAUUUAAUGUGCACACUUGUCGGGGAUUCAAGUUCAUCACAUAUAAAAAGUAACCUGUGAAGCCUUGCUCUUGCUCUGGUCCAGUAAAUGUCUUUUCGCAGUAUAGCUCGUGAUAUUAGGGAUAGUAUUGGAAGCUUAUCUAGGCGGAGUUUCGAGGUUAGGCUGUCCAGUCAUAACAGAGGGAAGUCACAGAGUGCUGUCCAUGAAUUACAUGACCAGACUAUAGUCAUUCAAAGCAGUUGUUGGGCAGGCCUCCCACCAGAGUUACUUCGUGAUGUAAUUAAAAGAUUGGAAGCAAGUGAGAGUACGUGGCCUGCUCGUAAACAUGUUGUAUCUUGUGCAGCUGUUUGCCGCUCAUGGAGGGAGAUGUGCAAAGAAAUUGUUCAGCGGCCGGAGUUCUCUGGAAAGCUGACCUUUCCCAUCUCUCUUAAGCAGCCUGGGUUUCGCGAUGGAACCAUCCAAUGCUUCAUCCGGAGGGACAAAGCUAAAUUAACCUAUCAACUUUUCCUUUGCCUUAGCCCUGCCUUGCUUGUGGAAAAUGGCAAGUUUCUUCUUUCUGCAAAGCGUAAUCGGAGAACCACGUGUACAGAGUACAUCAUCUCUAUGAGUCCAGAUAACAUAUCAAGGUCAAACAGCUCUUACAUUGGAAAACUGAGGUCAAAUUUUCUGGGCACGAAGUUCAUAAUUUAUGAUACCCAGCCACCAUACAACAGUUCUAGUAUCCCUCCACCUGGUGGAAGCCGGAGAUUCUAUUCCAAGAAAGUUUCUCCCAAAGUCCCUACGGGAAGCUACAACAUUGCACAGGUAUCCUACGAACUGAAUGUACUCGGAACCAGGGGGCCUCGCAGGAUGAAUUGUGUCAUGCACUCAAUCCCUGUCUCGGCCCUUGAACCCGGGGGCACAGUCCCAGGCCAACCUGAACUUCUCCCUCCCAAUCUCGAGGACUCAUUUAGGAGCAUGUCCUUCUCCAAAUCAAUUGAUGCUUCAACAGAAUUCAGCAGUGCUCGGUUUUCAGAUAUUGGGGGUCCAAGUGAAGUAGAUGAAGGGAAGAGUAGAUUUUUGGUACUUCGAAACAAGGCGCCUAGAUGGCAUGAACAGCUGCAGUGUUGGUGUCUGAAUUUCAGAGGGAGGGUAACUGUCGCUUCUGUCAAGAAUUUCCAGUUGAUUGCUGCUACACAGCAUGCAGCAGGUGCGCCAACACCAGCACAACCAGCUCAGUCAUCAUCAUCAGAUCAAGACAAGAUUAUCUUGCAGUUUGGUAAGGUUGGCAAAGAUAUGUUUACAAUGGAUUAUCGGUAUCCUUUAUCUGCCUUUCAGGCUUUCGCCAUCUGUUUGAGCAGCUUCGACACAAAGUUGGCAUGUGAAUAGAAAGAACAAAUAGAAAAUUUAGUUGAUCCUAGUUUUCUCUUAGAAUUGCCUAAAGAUUUGAGUCCGUUGCACAGUCAUUGUGUUACUCUCAUCAUAAUUAAGGAGAUGCAGGAGGCUCUUUCUCAUUGGACAACUGCUAUUUUCUUCGUUCCUUUUUUUCCCCUUUUCGUGUAUCAUCCUUUGUCGCUUGAUCCUUCAUUCAUAGAGUUUAAGACGCUUCUGUUGUAAUUUUCGCUCGAAGUGUUAAAUAUACUUGGUGAAAGGAACAAUGUAUAAACUUUGUACCAUGUGUGAAGUUCCAGUUGUAACAUCCAUUUGUUUAAUCA